UCCUUGACGUCCUAUCCCCUCCCAUUUCAGCGCCGCAGGUGAGUUCUUCCCUGAAGCUGCGCAGGUGGCCUAUCGGAUGUGGGAGCUUAGUGCAGUGGCUAAAGUAGAGCUGAGAGGAACCGUGCGCCCGGCUGCAGACUUUAAUGCUGAUGGUGACGCAAAGGUGCUGAGGAAGGCAAUGAAGGGACUUGGCACUGACGAAGGCGCCAUCAUUGAUGUGGUCACACAGAGGAGCAACGCUCAGAGACAGGAGAUCUUGAGAACCUACAAGUCUCACUUUGGCAGGGAUCUGAUGGCCGAUCUGAAAUCAGAGCUGUCGGGAAGCUUGGCCAAGCUGAUCCUUGGACUGAUGAUGACACCGGCACAGUUUGAUGCCAAGCAGCUGAAGAAAGCCAUGGAG